AUGUCUGGCAGAGAUUGGGCCGGAGCCCCCGAUGGAGCGUGGACACACGCGAAAUAUCUGGCCAUGAGUUUGUAUUGGCCUCGUACGAGAGCCUUUCAAAACAAGCAAGGUAUUGGUUCUGGAGCUGUUGCAGUUCAACACAUUGGUUCUGGAGUUCUUGCUGGAGCUGCUGUACGAGCAGCAGAAGAGGGGUCUGGUCAGUCAUUUGUGCAGUCGGAUCAGGUCAGGUCAGGUCAGGUCAGGUCAGGUCAGAUCAGGUUAGAAGUUAUUGUCUUGAAGCCUUCAGUAUUGGCUAGUUCUUCAAAGCUUUGA